AUGAAGAAGCACUAUUGGAAGAAUCUUUUCCUUUCUCAAUUGAAUCCGAAUACUGCCAUAGAGGUAUUUAAAGCAUCUAUGAACAAGUUAGAGGAUGUGAAAUUUCUUAAUGAGAUUAUCUUCAUACUCAGAAAAGAAGACUUAGAUGAGUUUCUAAUGCUCUUGAAAAGAACCACAUACAAUAUGGAAGAAACAACAGUUCUGUCACUUAUUUUGAAGUAUCCAAUGAGAAAAUCAACGUACAAACUUUUCAAAAGUCUGAAUCUAAGAAAAGUUUGUCUUUUCAAUGGCAAUAUUCCCAACCUAAGCGCCCUCAGCUACAAUGGAGAGGAGUUUCUGCUGAACUAUUGCUUUAUAAGAGAAAUGUUAGACGAUUAUUCUACUUUCGAAUUAUUCAGUGGUGUGGAUAUAAGUUCUUUUCAACCUAAGAUUCGUUUUAAACUAAACGAUCUUGACGAUUCCAACGUAGCUGAGAAAGAAUAUUCAGACAACAAGUAUUUUCAUGUACUAAAAGAAACGAUAUUCAGAUUAGUAGAAAAUGAGAAGAUGGCAAUCAAUUUAAAAGAAAACCCAGGUGCUAAUACAUUUACCAUAGAAAACUUGAGGAAGCAGCUAAAGGAACCCUUGCUAGUUGCCAUUUUGGAUUGCAAUGGAAGAGUUAAUGCACGCGAGUAUUCUUUUGACGAUCUUCUCCUUGUUGAUUCCAAUCAGAUCUAUAACAUUUCAGAGAAGGACAAGAUUCUUCUAAGUCUUUGUCAAACCAAUGCGGACCAUUCAUCAAUCUGUAAGUACUGCUUCAAAAAGUGUCGGGGGACGUCGUCCAAACCCUCCUAUCUUGGCGAUACCUCUCAACUUAGUGAUCCAAUGCCAGGACAUCGUAUCCAAGAUGGAGACAUCCAUGGCGUAUUUGAAGAGGCCAUUCUGGAAAAUGAUAUCCCUGUGGUUUAUACCAUUCUUUUACACUUUCCUUCUCUUAGACUUUCUAAAUAUUUGAAAAUACUCUUGAAACUAUACAUUUCAGAAAGCAUAAAGCUAUUCAAGAAAAAGAAUGAAAACAAGAACGAAUUUAAGCUUAUCGAGCUGUGUAUAAGCGCCUUUAGCUUAUUUGAGAUGGAGGGCGAGAAUGAAUCGGUCACAAUAUCCUUUUUUAAAGCCUCAGAGUCAUAUCCUUACAGUGCUAUCAAAGCACUUCCUUGUUUUAUGAAGACCAAAAAGUUGUACUUUGCGGGGUUUAUAACACUUUUACAGUCAUACAGGAAUUCAUCAAUGUUUGUGAAAUUAGUCUAUAAAAAUAUCAUUCAAAGAUUUAACACUGAGUUUAAUUUAGUCAUGGACAUGGUACUUGAAUAUUACAUUCUGAAAGAGGCCAAUAGCAGCAUCAAUGACAUCUCCAAUACUACUCUGAUGGACAGAGAGUUCUUGCACAGUCGACUGUCUUUAAUUGCUGAUAUGUUUUCACUUUCUGCUGAAUCGUUUGUUUCUAGAAACAUCUAUCAUAUUUUUAAUAUUUUAUAUCCCUCACCAAAUUUCACCCAUAGCUUCAUAGAAAAUAAUAUAAAGUAUGUAGUAGUUCAAAGAAUUAUGAACCAAUCCUAUACAGAGCAGGUGGAUGAUGUUGAUAUUCUUGUUGGGCUUAUGUUCCAGGACUACUUUUCCAAUCUCAACCAGUUCUUUAAACCUUCGAUUUCCUUGUUUGUAAAGAAGAAUCUUAGCCAUAUCUUGUUUAAAGUAAAGAGUGCAUAUACUCAAGGAACAUACAAUAAGAAAACGUGUAUCUAUAAGAUAAUGAAGUUUGUGUUGGAGCAGAUCAAUCUCAAUUUGUAUUUUAGCUAUGUUUGGCCAUAUGUGGAGUUUUUUCUAAAUAAUGAGUUUGUGUAUGUGCAGAGUAUUUCCUAG